UCCUCUUGUCAUUUCUCUGCUUUAAAGGCAGGAUCGCAGCAGUGCAGCACAGAACUGAUGACUCAAGAGUCAAGGGUUCUUCUUUCUUUUUUUUUUUUUCCCCCUCUUCUUGUAGUAUUAAAUUAUGUUCACCUCCCAAAGUCCCUCUUCUUUUGAUGAAGUACUGUUUCGUCUCCUAGCUUAUCUAAUUCUGUGAGACUAGGACAAGGUGUCACUGUUGUUUCAUUUUGAGAGGGGAGCAUUCAGACAGAGAUCAAACCUUUGUUAGGUGUUUAUGCCAUGUGGGUCUCAUUGCCAGUGUAUUGGUCCAUAGUUUCUAGUAGUCAAAGCUUUUUCCUUGUUUAGCUAACACAGUUCAACUCCUUCUCCAAUCGCUUUCUCAUGACACGUUUGAAGUAGUAUAUCAAAACUGAUGCAUCUGGGCAAACCCACUUGACCAAGUUACCGAAAAAAAAUUGUUGCACAUCCAAGAAAAUUCUUCUAGCCAAGCACAAAAUCAGUUAUCUUCAACAAAACAUGGAUCUUGCAAGUCCCAAAUACUUUCAAGCCCCACCUUUAUUUCCAUCUAAUGGGGAACCACCGCUGGAGACUAGUGCAAGCCUUUAUGGAGAAAGCAAGGACAACCCAUUUGCAGACACUUUCCCUGACCCACUUUGCGAGCUUAAUCUCAAGGAGACAUCCGACUUUGUCAAGUCAUUCCCAAUGGCAGCUUCAAACAACAAAACAGAUAACAGAGGAGGGUUUUUGGAUGUUUCAAUUCAGAGAAGGAGAGGAGUGAACUCGGUCACUACACGGAGGAGAGUUUUGGAAGCUCCUUCUACACCAGGUAGGCCAGUUUUCAGCUUCAGUGGUGGCAAUUUUGCCAGAAAGAGCUUUCCUUCAAAGUGGGAAGAUGCAGAGAAAUGGUUGAUCAGCAGUUCUUGUCAUGAGUCUCCUGCUCAUACCAUCAAGCCACCACCAGAGUCAUCAAAGAUGGCUAAACAAUUUGAUAACUUUAAGCAACAAACUCAUGUAUUUGCGGAGAAAUCAAGGGUCAUCGAGGAAAAUGUUACUAAGGUUGUCACAAGCUUUAACCCAACCAGCGGCUUUGGUGGAAUCCCAGGGUCUACAGAGGUCCUUCUAAAAGAUAAGUUCACGGAUGAGGUAGAACCGAUUUUACCAAAUUUCAGAUGCUCCGAGCCCUCAAGAGAGGGGUUUCUUUUCAGGAACUCAGUAUGUGAAACCAUGAAAGAUGCAGGCACUGAAGUAUUCCAUGGGGUUAAACAUAAAGAUGUUGGGACAGAAAUGACUCCUCUAGGAAGUUCCACAACUUCUAGAUGCCACACACCAUUCAAGAGCUCAUCGCCUGCACGUCAUAACACACCUGCUAAUAGGUCUGGUCCAUUGGCAUCCGCCAAUUCCAAUAGUUCCAAUAGCACGAUUGACAUUUCCCAGCUGCAAGAGUGUCAUUUAGCUAAGCUACAACUUGGGACGCAAUAUGACUCCAUCACAUCGAAUUGGAGCUCAAGGGAAGAGGAGGAGGAAGAAGUGUCAAAGAGCCUUAGACAUUUCGAGACCGACAGCGCAUGCCGGAAAAGUGUUUCUGAUUCGAGAGCUGCGGCGUGGGAGGAAGAGGAAAGGACAAAAUGCUGCCAGAGGUAUCAGAGAGAGGAAGCAAAAAUCCAAGCUUGGGUGAACCUCCAAAGUGCCAAAGCAGAAGCUCAAUCAAGAAAGCUUGAGGUGAAAAUACAAAAGAUGAGAUCGAACUUAGAAGAGAAAUUAAUGAAGAGAAUGGCAGUUGUUCAUCGAAAAGCAGAGGAAUGGAGAGCAGCGGCCCAGCAACAACACGCUGAGCAAACGCAAAGGGCAACCGAGCAGGCACAGAAAAUGAACCGAAACAACUCCCUUAUUUCUGGCCACAGCUCGUGUGGUUGCUUCCCCUGCAAUAACAGCCCCUAAUGAAGAUUCAAAACACAGAUCAUCUCCAAUCCCCAUUGUGUAUCUCUUGAUUCUAGGAAAACCCAAAACCUCAAUUCUUGCAAAGCUAUUGUGUAGAAAAAUCACAUCAAUAGCAGUAGCAAGCAUCAACAGGACUAUUAAAAAUGGGAUCAUCUUCUCAAAAAGGUUUCACCAUUUUGAUACAAGUGGUACAAAUAUUGCCUUGUCCAAUGUCAUGCUGUGCCAAUAACAUGACGAUUGUUGUGCCAACAGCUUACCUCUAUCUUCAAAUUGUUUUGGUUGUGACCCACCACAAGGAACUCGUCUUUUUUUUUUCCUUUAACAAGCACAAGAAACUUUUCUGCUUGUGGACCAAUUCUUUUAUCAGUCGUUUGUAAAUUCUUUCCCC